AUGCCACCCUGCCCGGCUGCCCAUGCUGCCACAGGCAAGAUGCCACCCUGCUCGGCUGCCCAUGCUGCCACAGGCAAGAUGCCACCCUGCUCGGCUGCCCAUGCUGCCCCUGGCAAGAUGCCACCCUGCUCGGCUGCCCAUGCUGCCACAGGCAAGAUGCCACCCUGCUCGGCUGCCCAUGCUGCCCCCAGGAAGAUGCCACCCUGCUCGGCUGCCCAUGCUGCCCCCGGCAAGAUGCCACCCUGCUCGGCUGCCCAUGCUGCCCCCGGCAAGAUGCCACCCUGCUCGGCUGCCCAUGCUGCCACAGGCAAGAUGCCACCCUGCUCGGCUGCCCAUGCUGCCACAGGCAAGAUGCCACCCUGCUCGGCUGCCCAUGCUGCCACAGGCAAGAUGCCACCCUGCUCGGCUGCCCAUGCUGCCACAGGCAAGAUGCCACCCUGCUCGGCUGCCCAUGCUGCCCCCGGCAAGAUGCCAACCUGCUCGGCUGCCCAUGCUGCCCCCAGGAAGAUGCCACCCUGCUCGGCUGCCCAUGCUGCCCCCGGCAAGAUGCCACCCUGCUUGGCUGGCCAUGCUGCCCCGGCAAGAUGCCACCCUGCUCGGCUGCCCAUGCUGCCACAGGCAAGAUGCCACCCUGCUCAGCUGCCCAUUCUGCCACAGGCAAGAUGCCACCCUGCUCGGCUGCCCAUGCUGCCCCGGCAAGAUGCCACCCUGCUCGGCUGCCCAUGCUGCCCCGGAAAGAUGCCACCCUGCCCGGCUGCCCAUGCUGCCCCGGCAAGAUGCCACCCUGCUCGGCUGCCCAUGCUGACACAGGCAAGAUGCCACCCUGCUCGGCUGCCCAUGCUGCUACAGGCAAGAUGCCACCCUGCUCGGCUGCCCAUGCUGCCCCCGGCAAGAUGCCACCCUGCUCGGCUGCCCAUGCUGCCCCCAGGAAGAUGCCACCCUGCUCAGCUGCCCAUGCUGACCCCGGCAAGAUGCCACCCUGCCCGGCUGCCCAUGCUGCCACAGGCAAGAUGCCACCCUGCUCGGCUGCCCAUGCUGCCACAGGAAGAUGCCACCCUGCUCGGCUGCCCAUGCUGCCCCGGCAAGAUGCCACCCUGCUCGGCUGCCCAUGCUGCCACAGGCAAGAUGCCACCCUGCUCGGCUGCCCAUGCUGCCACAGGCAAGAUGCCACCCUGCUCGGCUGCCCAUGCUGCCACAGGCAAGAUGCCACCCUGCUCGGCUGCCCAUGCUGCCACAGGCAAGAUGCCACCCUGCUCGGCUGCCCAUGCUGCCCCCGGCAAGAUGCCAACCUGCUCGGCUGCCCAUGCUGCCCCCAGGAAGAUGCCACCCUGCUCGGCUGCCCAUGCUGCCCCCGGCAAGAUGCCACCCUGCUUGGCUGGCCAUGCUGCCCCCGGCAAGAUGCCACCCUGCUCGGCUGCCCAUGCUGCCACAGGCAAGAUGCCACCCUGCUCAGCUGCCCAUUCUGCCCCCGGCAAGAUGCCACCCUGCUCGGCUGCCCAUGCUGCCACAGGCAAGAUGCCACCCUGCUCGGCUGCCCAUGCUGCCCCUAGGAAGAUGCCACCCUGCUCGGCUGCCCAUGCUGCCCCUAGGAAGAUGCCACCCUGCUCGGCUGCCCAUGCCGCCCAUAUCUCUUACUGUUCUUUAUAA